UUUAACACACAGAUGAUUUAGGAGAAGGCUUGUUCCUUCACUUUUAAUUUAUAGGCAACAACUUAAAGAUCGACACGUCCCAAAGGUAAAUGCAGAUUAUUUGGAUGUUUUACCCUUUCUUUGAUAUUUAUUGAUCCAAUGUCAUGGAAUAUAUACUCUUUCCAUCUGAAUGUCGAUAUGCAUCCAUUCUUUUUUGAAACUAUUCAAAUCUAUGCGUUACAUUUUAGCCCUUACGAAAUAAACGAGAAUAUUAUUUAUUUCUGAUGAGAGAACCCAAUAUGCUUGUCAUUAAUAAUGUUUUCCAUAAAUGUCUCAUUUGUUUUUAGUCGCCAUUUUUCUAAUCUUGUAAAUCCCCACCAAUAAUUAUUUCGCGCUGCGUUAAAUGAUACUAGUUAAGCCGUUUGAGAGAAUAGUAAAAGGGGUAGCAAUUAAUGUUCUUCAUUCCAGCAACGAGAAAAAUAGGAAAACUUCUUUUCACCCUUUCUUUCGAUUCUCUGACCGAUUGAAAACUCAAGGAAAAACAGCUUUGGGAUAAGAAGUGUAACACGUUAUUUUCCUACCCUUCUCUUGCUUUUUGUCACGUCACAGAUUCCAUUUUUCUUCACAUGACUAACUUUUGUACAUUGAAAUUUUCUUCUAUAUCUAUAUUUUCUCUAAUAGAUAACCUAUGGAAAUUUAAUUUCAGGAUAAGAACAAAACUGACUCUCGUACUGUACAAAAAAAAAAGUUCACAUAAGUGUCCGUCUAAUACUUUAUUCGAUAAUAAGUUUCUAACAAGAAUUAAUUUCCUCUCUUUAUAUCUCCCGCUCAACUUAAAAAAAAAAUGAGAAACUUUCCUGAUUUUUCCAUAGUGCGUUUAAUAUUUAUAAUUUUACUUUUGAAUGCCUGUUUGCGUUCUUUUGGAGUUCUUUCUCUCUCCUUUCUCCCUCUAUCGUCUAUUUUAUUUUAUUUUAUUGAUAACGGAUAAAUGUUGAACACAGGGAAACUAAACAGGUAACAGUCUGCAGUGGAGAUUUCAGAUAUAUAAUGCAGGCAACUCAAGGUUGCUUUGCUAGAGUACUUUUGGAACCCUUAAGCUUUUUUCUACUGAUAAAAAUCUAGUGAAGUCUUUGUUUUAUUUUUUCCACCCCAUUUAAGUGCAGUAAACAAUGUGUAUACGUUUACGUGCUCCAAAUUACGUCCAUUGCCUCAAAUUAAUUAUAUAACAUAACAAUUUUUGACAAACAAAAGACGUUUCUCUCCUCGGUAUAUACCAUUUUCCCCAAAUUGGUAAUUUCUUCAUUCUUCUGUUUACAAUUUUCUAUGAGCUGCAUCAAAAUACGUAAUUUAUUUAUGAAUGAAUUAAUAAAUGUAUUGGUGCAUGCAUGAUUUACAUGAGACUACAGUUUGUGAACUUCAAUCGUGUUUUAUCUCGCUGGUCAUUGCAUUUAAUAGUGAAGAAAGAUAACGGGAAGGUAAAAUCUACAUCGCGGUUGCUAUGGUAGAAGUCUUUUGUAUCAAGAGUGUAUUAAAGAAACACAUACCUAUUUGCAUCUAUCUAAGCUAGAUGUCCCAAUAUUCAGACAUAGCAAAGACACUUCACUUAGCCCGCCAAUGUGCCUUGAAGUCGAACUAUGAAGUUGCGCUAGAGUACUAUAAGGUUGUAGGUAACGAAAUUACGGAGUACAUCAGUCAAAGGAUGACAGAUAACGAUUUGUGUUCUCGUUGGAUAAAAGUACAGGAAGAAAUCGAGAAAGAAACGUCCUGUGUCACCGGAAUCGUUGAUGAGUUAAGGUGCUUGACCACCCCAGCAGAAGCAGCGCGCCGUGACCGACAUGUAAUCAAUAGCCAAGAUAAUUCUAUCACUGCGACGGUGCCAGCACAUAUGCCGCUGCCAGGCCCUCGGACUCAGCGCACCACUUGCUCCAACAACCCAGGCCGUUCAAACCCAUCCCCUAACGGCAGGGAUCCUGAUCGCUUUAAUCCUACAGAGGGUCUGCGUCGACACAGGUACGAUGCCUCAACUCCCAGCACUGCUGGCGCUGCACGCACUCCUUCGAAAAAAGCUUUGCCGCACCGGGAGGCUCGCGGUGGGCCAGCUCGAGCGGGUAGAAAUGGUGCGGAUGCCCUCAACGGGUGUGAGGGGGAAAAGGCGGGCCGUAGCAGGCAGCCCACCAAUAAAAGCACCAGAGUUCCACACUUCACCGCGCGGCCGGGUGAGGAGGAGCUUGUGCAGCUCAUAGAGGCAGAGAUGGAUGUUAACAAACUUUCGGUCUCGUGGAAUGACAUCGCUGGCCUGGAGGAAGCGAAGCGUCUUCUUGAGGAGGCGGUGGUGUACCCUGUGCUGAUGCCGGACUACUACAAAGGGAUCCGCCGGCCGUGGAAAGGCGUGCUGCUUUACGGCCCUCCGGGCACCGGUAAGACAAUGCUGGCAAAGGCUGUGGCUUCUGAGGCCGUAACCACAUUCUUCAACAUCUCCCCUGCCACCCUCACCAGUAAAUGGCGUGGCGAAAGCGAAAAACUAAUUCGAGUUCUCUUUGAGGUGGCGCGGCACUACGCGCCCAGCACUAUUUUCAUAGAUGAGAUCGACUCGCUGUGUGGUCAGCGCGGUGGCUCGACUGAACACGAGGCGACACGACGGGUGAAAGGCACGCUCCUUGCCGAAAUGGACGGUGUUGGUGUCGACCCCUCGAAGACAGUGAUGGUUCUCGGCGCGACAAAUCACCCCUGGGAUAUUGAUGAAGCGAUGCGCCGUCGCUUGGAGAAGCGCAUUUAUAUCCCUUUGCCCGACACCCGUGAUCGUGUGGAGCUUUUUAAGAUUAAUACGAGCUCGCUUAAACUUUCAUCCGAUGUUGAUUUUGAGAAGUUGUCGAAGCUUCUGGAAGGCCACUACUACAGCGGAGCCGAUAUCACGAACUUAGUGCGUGACGCCUCUAUGAUGACGAUGCGCCGCUUCUUGAAUGAAUCCGAUAAGCACGCGCUCCGAGAAAAUGCGGCCGAAAUCGGGCGGCGCGUGGCGGAGCAGCCUAUUACCAUGCAAGACUUUCUGAAUGCAUUCAAAAAAGUUCCCAGCAGUGUAAGUCCUGAAAACAUCAAGAAGUUUGAGAAGUGGAAGAAGGAAUUCGAAAUAAAUAUAUAA